AUGAGGCAGGCCAUCCAAGAAGAAAGUGAGGAGGAUUCUGAUGAUGAAUACAUCGAACGACAACUUCAGGAGAUAGAGGCCGGAAAGGAGAAGGCCAGAAAGGAGAGAGAGAGAGCCCGUCCAGGGCAAUAUGGAUCCUCACGUCUUCUGGAAGGUGAAAUCAACUUAUCAUCGUCUUCUUCCUCUUCCUCGGAAGAUGAGGAGUUAAAAGAUACUCCAGAGAAGACGGCAGCUCAGAAAGAUGACUUUGUUGAUCUUGUGUCUCCACCCCAGUUGUCCCAGCCGGAUUCGUUGUCACAAUUCCCAGCGAUGCCAGCUGGAGGAGCACCUUCGCCAAAUGCGUUCCGUCCCCUUGAUCAGAUGCAUAGGGUCACCUUUUCAAGCUUGCAUCCCAACGUGCAGAGGGAAUACAUCCGACAACAACAGGAGUCGCAAGCAGAAUGGCAGCGUUAUUUAGACAAUCAGUGCCCCAUGCCAACCCAUUUGAUGGGAUUCCGUCAGUCACCUGCCCCUGCCCCUGUUGCAGGCUUCUCGCGUGUUCCACCAGCCAGAGGAACGCAGUUGCCUGUUGCAUCUCCAGUAGCAAGACGUAGGUCUGACAGCCCAGCUGCACCGGUCUUGAUGGAUUCGGCGACCACCAAGAAGUCAAGGAGCAACACUGGUCGUGCCACACCAACGCAAGAAGGUCGUCCACCCACUCCCCAAGACGGUCGUCCACCCACUCCCCAAGAAAACAAUGAUGGUCAAAAGAAGAAGAGUGUUCCGCGGAAGACAACUGAAUUGCCUCCAAAGGUGGCUGCAUUUACCUACGAGCAUAAACACCGACUUGAGCUUGGUGAAGAGAUGUACAGUCGCUCCAAGGACAAUCCUGGACCAUUUACGGUGGCACAGUUCAUUGUCUUUGGCAGUGAGAGUCGCGGGAACUUCGAAAAGUUUGACAUAGAUAAGAAUUUGACUUGUGAGCAGCUUCGAAAGUUGGCAACGAACUUUGGAUGUAAAGGAGUAAGCUCUAUUGGCAAGUUCGAGAUUCGAAAGCGAAUGGCCAUUCGAUGCACUGCAGCCACAGCAUACAACAACCCAGAGAUCCUCAACACGUUUGCCUCUGCCAGGGAGCUCAAAAUUAACUCUGUGUAUCGUCUCAUCAACGUUUGUGUUCAUGCUAACUAUUUCCAAAGGUUUGUGGAUCUACAUGCCAACAAGACAAGGAAUGAUCACGAGAGCAAUACAGCAGGACCGUACAAACAGUUUUGGAUUGAUAUUGCUGAGUUCUACAACGAUACAGAGAACGAUAAUGAGUUGUGCACUAUCUAUGGUGCUGUUGAAGAGGAAGACGAACGGCAAUUCGACAUGGUCACUGCCGGACCAAUUAAUCCUAGAAACUUCAACAAGCUUAACCACGAGAGCUGCUGUCAGUUGGUAAAGGAUGCAAUGAAAUCGGUGGAGAAGAUCCACGGAGCCAUGAAGAAGUCAGGUCAAGGUUCCAAUGACCCAUGGUCCUUCUGUCGAAAGAGUGUUCUGACAAUUCGCAAAGGCGUGGAGGUUGCAGCUGAAAUUGCUUAUUAUGCCUACCGUAUUCGCGAGGCUCACCCCCAGCUAGAGGGAUCAUGGGAUGCCAUGCUGUCAGAGGAUCUUGCUGCUUCCUCGACUUCUACUCCCACUGCAUCCAAAGCUCCACCGCCAAACAAUGCAAGUGUUGCCACUCCCAGUACUGCAAGCACCGGUUCAUCAGCAAAUGAGUCCCUUAUCAGCUCACUGGGCGCAUGGAAUGAAAGCACGAAGACUGCAGCGGAUCAGCGACAGACAUACAUUGACAUGAAGACCUCUCAAGCUGCUGAAGAAAGGCUUGCAAGAAUGUGGAAUGAGUAUGAUCGAUUGUCCCUUAGAGUCAUGGAUUUGCGUGAUAAUGGCAAUGCUGCUCCGUUGCUCCACAACUUAGCAACAAGAGUUCGUGCACUUGAGGACAAACUUGAGAUCCAACUCGAGUUUUCAGUUGUCAAAGAUACAGACUUCUUGCCUGGCCGCCAGAGCAACUCGAUGGAAGAAUAA